AUGCCUAAAUGUUCCCAAGACUGGUGCGUACUAAAAAGUACCGACAGUCACUUUAGAUGUCCAGAUAUGAAUAUCGUAAAAAAUACAGCCCUGAUAGAAGCAUUAUUGCUUGAAGACUUGCCCGAUUGCAACGACGUUUCGGAGAUUGAUACUUCGGAUGAAGAAAAUGAACAUAAUGUUCAACUACCCACACCAGGCGCCUCGAGAAACUUCGAUGACGUUUUCGAGGAAGCUAUCGAACAGGCCCUAGAUGAAAUGGAACAAUCAUCACAAUCACCAUCUCCAAUAGAUCAGGUAUCUCCAGUUCCUAGCCUCGUCCCUGACAAUUCUCAUGAUGUCCAACCUUCAACGAGUGGAUCCACGUUAAGAACCCCGCAAACACCAGCCCGUCCAAGACCCGGUCCGGAACCAAAUCGUAGGUGGAAAAAACGGGAAGUAGAAAAUAGUUUAUCUCAAUAUUCUGGAAAUACCGAAGUAGUAAAAGAAUUUUUGGCAACUGUUACACACCGACCGAUAUAUUGUAAGUGUUGA